GACGAUGCUAAAUAUGAUGGAGAAUAAUGAAAAUCCAAAUGAAGAAAGUACAUUACUUAGUAAAUAUAGAAGGAGAAACACAGAUUCUGUAUCCACCAUAGCCAGUGAAAGUUUGCUUGCCGAAACAGACAUGUCUCAUUUAAGAUUUCAAUGCAAAUGGCAAAAAAUACGUUUCUAUUUAGUUGAAAUAAUGGUGUUGAUAUUGGUUUUUGCCUACAAUUUAUCAGCUACUGUUUUGAAAAAUAGAAUAAUAUUUCAAACCUGUACCGUUGUUUACAAUUAUAACACGACAGAUUGCCUAAAAUUAUCCACCAGAAACUCAUCCGAUUACAUUAAGGGAAUAGAAGAAAAAGUUCAGCCAUAUGCCGCCCGAAUUUUUAUGACCACAUCCGUGAUUCAAAGUAUAGUCCCAGCUUUCUGUGGAUCAUUUGUUGGUGCUUGGUCUGAUCGUUUUGGCCGCAAGCCUUUGUUAAUAGCAUCGUUUACUGGUUAUUUUCUAUUUUAUACUGUUACUUCUAUUGUAAGCCAUUGCUCUGAUGUAGAAGAUGUCAGCCCUUGGUAUUAUUUAUUGGCCUCUUUGCCACUUUCUUUAUUGGGAGAUAGUGUCACUUAUUCUGUUGCAGCACUAUGUUAUAUUUCCGAUGUAUCCACCGCUGAAGAAAGACCAUACAGAAUGGUAUUUUACGAAGCCGUUAUAUACAUUGGCCUAAUGGCGGGAUCCUUUUCAUCUGGUUAUAUAUAUAGAGACUACACCUCAUCGACGUUGGUAUUUUCAAUAUCCGCUUUGUCUUUAUUGUUUGCAAUGUUAUUUAUCAUAUUCGUUAUACCGGAAAGCCUAAAUGCUCAAUCAAUGCCAAAUAUUCAAAAUAACGCGCUGAAUCCACUGGAAGAGAAUCAAAGGACAUCUAAAAAUGUAUUUGACUGUAAGCAUAUUAAAGACAUGUAUAAGACGUGUUUUAAAUUCAGAGAACAUGAAGCUCGUUCUGUACUUUUGUUGAUUGUAUCCACUUUAGUUAUUUGUGCAUUUGUAGUAGAUGGGUCUGUAACUGUUUUUUAUCUAUUUAUACGUGAGAAGUUUCAAUGGACGAUCAGAGAAUAUACAACAUACGAAACCCUUAGUAUAUUAGUUCCCAUUAUGGGAAAUAUUUUGGGUAUUUGGUUGCUAAGAAAAGUCAUUAAAAUUCCACUGCUAAAUCUUGCAAUAUUGGGGUUAUUGUCGAAUACUUGUAAUUGCUUGAUGAAAGGGUUUGCAGCCAUAAAUUGGCAAUUAUAUUUGGCCAUCGUCUUAGGAGCAUUAAAAUCCAUUGUCAAUCCAAUGUUGCGUACGGUUUUGACCAACAUAUUGCAGACAAAUGAAUUGGGCAAAAUAUUUUCCUUUAUAAGUGCAUUGGAAGCCUUUGUACCAUUUGUGGCAUCGCCACUAUAUACAAUUGUUUACGGGUUUACUCUUAAAAGUUAUCCGGGUUUCUUUAAUAUUUUAAGUGCAAACUUCUUUCUUCUAGCGAUUGGUUUAAUUUUGGUUGUCUUUCGCAAAAAACAGAAAUACUCCACAUAUUAUAGUGUUAUUUUAAAUUAGUUUUACAUAUUUAUUUUUUAUUUUAACUCUUUAUAAAUACAGUAAAUGUAUUUAAAAAAUAUGUAAAUAAAGAAUUAAAAUUUUAUUGAACAUAA